UCCACGCCUUUCUCUCAAGUGUACAUGCGCAGUCGUUUGUUCUACUCUAGACAGCUGUAGGAGAAAAUGGCAGCACACAUGCUAGGACAGCAGGCCCGCCAGUUCAGCACGUCUGUGCUCAGGCAAAAACUGGUCAAGCCUCCCAUCCAGGUCUAUGGGGUGGAGGGCCGCUAUGCCACUGCCCUGUUCUCAGCUGCCAGUAAGCAGAACAAACUGGACCAAGUGGAGCAGGAGCUGGGAAAAGUGUCCGCCAUGAUCAAGGACCCCAAAGUUUCCAGCAUUGUAAUGAAUCCUCAUGUUAAACGCAGCAUCAAGCAGAAGACUUUCAGUGACGGUCUUACAAAGGCCAAGGUUUCACCCAUCACUAUCAACCUCAUCAAUGUUUUGUCUGACAAUGGUCGUCUUACAAUAACUGGUGAUGUCAUCACUGCUUUUGGCAAGAUGAUGAGCGCACAUCGUGGAGAGGUCAUCUGCUCCGUGACCACUGCUCAGCCUUUGGAUGAAGCUAAUCUCGCUAACCUGAAAGUGGCUCUCAAUGGCUUCCUUCAGAAGGGUGAAACCAUCAAGCUGGAAACAAAGUCGGAUCCUGCAAUCCUGGGUGGCAUGAUUGUCAGUAUUGGAGACAAGUAUGUGGACAUGUCCACCAAAACAAAGAUUCAGAAGCUGACCAAGAUCAUCAGGGAAACUUAAGUCCCAUGGACUUAAUUUUGCAAAAGAUCGGAGAAGACCAUUGAAAGGAAAAUGAUGCUAAAUGUAUAUUGCUAUCUGUUCUAGCACUGCAGUUGCUCCACAAAUCCAGUGUCUAUACUUAAGUUCAUAUGGAUGUUAAUAAAACAUACAAAAAUGGAAAA